CUGUGAGGUGAAGCUCUGUUUUGUUCUUUUUUCUUUCUUAUCCGUUGAAUCCAACAUUUCACUUUUGGUGCCAUUCUACUCGGUCCGACCCAGCCACCAGAAGACCCAGACCAGGCAGCCAGCCAGACAGACAGCCAAGAAGCCCACAGCCCCCACAGACCCAGACCCCAUGCAGGACAGCCCAGAGAAAAUCCCAGACCCAGACCAGACAGAACCAGAACCGCCAGACCAGCACAGCAGCCUCCCGCCUAGCCCACCCCGCACCCAGACAGACAGAAUCCCCAGAACCCAGAGACCCCAGAAACCGACGCCAGACACCAUGACCCCCAGACGCCACAGGAAGACCUUGACCCCCAGACAGCCCCCCCAGAGCAGACAGACAGACCCCCCAGCCCAGAGCCACCAGACCAGCCCCCCCCCCCAGAAUCCCAGACCCGCCAGACGCAGCCCUGAAUCCCAGACAGCAGAUCCCAGAAUCGAACUUCGUAAAGUUUAG